AUGCAGACAGGUGCACACACACUCAGUGACUCAGCGCCCAGGCAGAAGCACCGCGCGUUUAGGCAGCACACACUGGACUUGGCCACACGGGCACACUUGUGGGCCCACCUUCUACACUCAGAUCCAUCCACAGCACGCAAGGCCACCAGCCAUCCGAAGAAGCCCCGACCCCUGGCCCUCGCCCGCGGGGAAGCGGCCAGUUCGUGGCUCAGCACGUCACUCCGGGCGCCCGUUGCGUCAUCAGGGCGCGACUGGCAGCCGCGCCGGCGGAGAAUUGAAGUGCGGGCAGCUGCAGAGCUGAAGCCGGCGGAGCUGCGGGCGCGAGCGGCCGGGGCGGGAGCGGGCUGCGGGAGGCUGCUCAGGCCGGGAGCGCCGGGACAGGUGCGUGGUCGCCCUCUUGCCGAACCCGGCGCGACUCCCGCAAGCUGCCGGAAGGUCCGCUCCCCCAACUACCUGCCUCGAGCUCCCGGGUUCCCCGGAGAAAUGGGCCUGGCUCGUGCCCGCGUGGGGGUCGGACUUAUUCUCUACCCGGGAGACGCGGCUGCGUCGGGGCUUCUUCUGGGCGGGGGGACAAUCCCUGUGGGCUCAGUCCCCAGCGCACCCAAAGGGGACGUGGGGGCUUUGGCGUUGAGAGCAGCUGGUGCUGGGGACCGUCCGACGACAGAUGAGCACUGAUUGGAUUGAGCACUCACCGUGUGUAAGACACUGUGCCAGGCGCCUUAUAUGUAUUAUCCAAUCCUCCCAGCAACCCGGGAGGUAAGCUUUAUCAGAUCAUGCCCAUUUUCCAGAUGGGGAAACCAAGGCAUGGAAGUUAACUUGUCCAAAGUCUCAUAGAUGGUAACUCGGAUAUGUUUGGCUUCAGAGCUGGCCCUCCUGCCUCUAUCACUUUUAAAACCCAUAGUUGGCUCCCAUGAACCGAUAGUCUGGCGCCUCCAGGAUUUUUAUUUAUUUAUUUAUUUAUUUAUUUCGGUACUUAUGGAGCUUGGGACAAACGUAGGGAGGGAGGAAUGAGGCGUGGACUUAGCAUUGGCGGGAGACUCUUUCCACCUCCUCCCCUCCGCUCAUCGCUGGGGCCAGUUUAGUCUUCAUUUUCUCAGGCAGUAACCGGCUCCCCCUCUUGUAGCUACAUUCUGCACCUGAAACUGAUAGAGCUGAGUUUUAUUUUGUCAUACAGCAGAGUUUUCAUGCUAGGUGCGUUGCUUUACAAUUCUCUCUACUCGCCUAUUACGUUAGAUUGUUACUUAUGUAACAUUGUUAAGGGUGUAUAUAGUUAUGCUGAGGACAACAGUUACCACAGUAAAUCCAUGUGGGGAUUGUAAAGAAAUCAGAAUCUACCCUCCAAGGAACACUGUUAACCUGGACGUGACCUUUCAAGGUUUUAAAAGACUAAUUUAAGGCCAGGUGAGAAAUAGCCGAAAGUUAAACAUAAUUUG